AUGCGUAUUUUUGAUACCAUAAGUCAUGCUGCAAGAAAAUUACAAUAAAGAAACGUAGCUACUAUUGAAUAAAAAACGAGUAUAACGAAAGUCCAUCAUAACAUGUUUUAAAUUUAUGCUGUACUCUACAAUAGUUUUGUAAUCAAUUAAUUCAUUCAGUUUUAUUCAUUGAAAACAAUGGCCGUUACUUCCGAAAAAUUAGCUUCUGCUUUAGUCGACAAAUUCAUAAUUUGCACCAAUGAUGGAAGCUCCGACGAACUCCGCAAAAUUCUUCGAGAAAUCGACAACAAAACAAAACGAAAUAUCACAUUGAGCGAGGCCUUAAUGAACCAAAAUGUCAUUCAUUUGAUUUUGAAACUUCUCGAAAACGAAAACUUACAAACCGAUUUGAAGCAGCGCUGUUUGGGCGUUUUAGUUAACGUUACUUGUGGUCUAGAAAAUGGGAAAAUUUUGUUGACAGAAUUAGGAAUUAUACCCAAAAUUCUAAACUUUUGGUUCAGUUCUGAAGCUGACAACGUUUGUCGAAAGUGGUAUGUUGCUAUCUUGGCGAACAUUAGUACAAACUCGAGCGCUAAAAGUGUUUUAGUAACUGAGGGCGCUGUUAAAUUUUUAGUUACUGUUAUAAACAACUCAAAAGAAGCUCCGCCAGUUCGGGGAAUCUCAACAAUUGUGUUGAUUAACCUAAUGAACGAAUUAGCCGAAACCGCAUAUGAGGCGUUUAGCCGCGGCGUGUGUCGAGGUUUACUUGAAAUGAUCCAACUCGACCAAAAAGAUUGUCGGUCAAAUGCACCGUGCGCUAUGGAUAUAAUUCUGUCGAAAGUUCCAGAGUCCAGAACUUUUUAUGUCGACCAAGAGGCAUUCAAAGCAAUGACUCAUUUUUUGAACGUCUUUAAGGAAAAAUUAUCACUGGAGACGAUCAUUAACUGUGUGUCAUGUUUAGUUUACAUGGCUUGUGAAAACGAAAACGUUUUAAAAUUUCUUUUGGGGGUUAAUUUUGCGGAAACAAUUGAGACCAUUAUUUUGGUCGAGCAGGACUUCCUGGUGGAAAAACUGGACGUCAGAGGAAAUGUUCGGUGGCUGUUGAGAAUGCUCAAGGAAAAACAGCAGGCGUGUCUAUCGCCCACAAUGGUUUUCAACAUGAGCAAAAACAUCGAUCUAGACGAAGAAAUUGACCCCGAAAUAGGUUCAGUCGAGAAACUGCGUGAGUUGAGCCAAGACUUCACACCUUCACAAGAAUUAGAAACUCUCAUUCAAUCAAUUUUCGAUUCAUGUCGCGAUGACGAAGUGGCAUCCCUAAACUUAGUCAAAGAUGGAAUCGUAAUCGAAAUUUUGAAACUUAUGAAUUCUCCCAGCCGAACUGUUCGAAAGUAUUCGGCUGCUAUCAUGGCGACUGUAACUCGCGGAAUCGAUAUCGGUAUUACGUCAUUUAUCGAUUACGAUGGCGUGUCAUUGGUCAUGCAGACCAUCCGAACCGAAGACGAUGACGUAAUCCGAAGACUUCUUGUAACGUCAUUGUCCAAUUCACUGUCCAAUCAGGAAGCUUCUAGAAUGUUCUACAACGAAGAUGGCCUUGUGUUGUACUUCGACAUUAUGGAAUCUGAUAGCGAUGCAGUGACGAGAAGUAAAGCUAGUCUCGGAUUGGGUAACUUUAUUAACCAAUCAGAAGAGUUUGCCCUAGAUGCCGUUAAACAGGACUGCGUCGAAAUUCUACUAGACUUAUUGAACCAUAAACACCCUAAAUGUAAAGUAGCAGCGGCGAGAACUCUUGGGUUGCUGAUCUUCAAGAUCCCAAACCAAUCAGUUCAAAGUGUUCUAGAUUCAAAAGGCGUCGAAACUCUCAUCCAAGUUUUAGAAAACGAGUCCACAAGUGCCGAUGUGAAGUUCCCGGCUUCUUGGUGUUUGUCACAAAUCGUGGAAAAGCAUGAACAAAGUAAGAGUGUGUGCAAGGAGCGCGAACAACUUCUGGGAGUUCUGGAGAAAUUGAAAGAGAACCAAGAUUAUAGCCGGGAUGAUAAGCCGUUGCUAAUGCAGAGUCUGAACAUCCUAAUUGAACUCAUAAAAUGAAAAUUGUUUACUCUUCCUGAUGCUCUAUUAACUAACUUAUCAAUAUAUAUUCACAAUAUUUUGCUCAAA